GUACGAUCUGACAGCAUGGCGGUAUCGCGAGGGACGGAUCCGUGGCGCGAGGCGCAGCGGAGGGAGGGCUGAUGAUGAUGAGGAGGAGGGUGUGGGACCCGGAUGCUGAUGCGAGGAACCAGAGCGGAGAAAAUAAGGUUUUACAACGCAAAGAAAGCCUCAAGAUAUUAGCACGUACCAGUCGCCGUCGAAAACACGAAACCCUUUCCCCAAAAGGCGAGAGGAAGCGCGCGGCGCAGGCGGAGGCGGGAGAUGAUGAGGAUGCCGCGGUCCGAGGCUCAGCAUCAGCAGCAGAGAGGAAGCAGGGCUGCCGGAUCCGCCACAGCGAUGCGAGAGGAUGCGGGGCGACCUGGAUCUCCUUCUGUCGGCUCGUCUCGCUCGGUGUGAGGCGGGGAGGUUUUCCACCCGCUCGUUUGACGGCGAACGGUGAGAUUCGGGCUCCUUUGCCUGGGAUUCGGGCCUAGCGCGGGCGCGCUCGGUGGCUCGCGUUCACUUGCGUUUUUACGGACGGAGUUUCUGCGUGGUGUUUUUGUCACGAUGGGUAGAUGCGUCUAGAAGCGGGAGCUUGCUGGAAUGACUUCUGUAAAGUCUGAUCGAUUGAGAAGGGUGACUUUGAUGGGCAGAGCUAUGAAUUAGGCUGGACCUGACUGUAUCUUUGCAUUGCCAUCGACAUCUCUCCCCUCAUCUACGUGAGUUCAGAAUAACUAAUGGGCCCUUACGACAGAUUUUAAGGAACCCCCCCCCCCCAGAGCUCGGCAUGGAUAUAUUUUCGGGUUGUUGCAGACCCUCUGGAGACUAUUUUAGAAAAAGUCAAGUGAGAAACGGCGCGCUGUGAUAAUAUUGCAUGCAGUAGCAAGUUUAAGAGGAGCCAGGCCACCGCUAUGUCUAAGGAACUGUCAGUGACCCAGGCAGCUCAGUAUGUGGGGCCCUAUCGACUGGAGAAGACGCUCGGGAAAGGCCAGACGGGUCUGGUGAAGCUCGGGAUUCACUGCAUCACUGGUCAAAAAGUAGCCAUCAAAAUAGUCAACAGAGAAAAACUCUCAGAAUCUGUGUUGAUGAAGGUGGAGAGAGAAAUUGCUAUUUUAAAACUGAUUGAACAUCCGCACGUGUUAAAACUCCAUGACGUUUAUGAGAAUAACAAAUACCUAUAUUUGGUACUAGAGCACGUUUCAGGAGGAGAGCUGUUUGACUAUUUGGUAAAGAAGGGCAGAUUGACGCCCAAAGAGGCACGAAAGUUCUUCAGACAAAUCAUAUCUGCUCUGGACUUCUGUCACAGUCACUCCAUAUGUCAUAGAGACUUGAAGCCAGAAAACCUCCUGCUGGAUGAGAGGAACAAUAUCAGGAUUGCAGACUUUGGCAUGGCCUCACUACAGGUGGGAGACAGUCUGCUAGAGACAAGCUGUGGAUCUCCUCACUAUGCAUGUCCAGAAGUAAUCAGGGGUGAGAAAUACGACGGCCGAAGGGCUGAUGUAUGGAGCUGUGGAGUUAUUCUCUUCGCUCUGCUCGUGGGCGCGCUGCCCUUCGACCACGAUAACCUGCGGCAGCUGCUGGAGAAGGUGAAGAGUGGAGUGUUCCACAUGCCCCAUUUCAUCCCACCCGACUGCCAAGCUCUGCUGCGGGGCAUGAUCGAGGUCAACCCUGAAAAAAGACUCACGCUAGAGGCCAUCCAGAAACAUGCCUGGUAUCAAGCUGGACGCAAUGAGCCGUGUCCGGAGCAGCCGGCCCCGAGGCGCGUGAGCAUGGGACGGAUCAUGUCUCUUACGGAGCUGGACCCAGAUGUGCUGGACAGCAUGUAUUCUCUGGGCUGUUUCAGGGAUCGGGUCAAACUGGCCCAAGACCUGCAGUGUGAGGAGGAUAACCAGGAGAAGAUGAUCUAUUAUCUCCUGUUAGACCGUAAAGAGCGCUAUCCUAGCUAUGAGGAUGAGGAUCUUCCUCCCAGAAAUGAUAUCGACCCUCCACGGAAGCGUGUAGACUCUCCCAUGUUGACGCGUCACGGCCGCUGUCGGCCAGAGAGGAAGAGUCUGGAGGUGCUGAGUGUGACGGAGCAGGGCUCUCCCACACCCCCGCGCAGAGCGCUGGACACCUCCACACACAGCCAAAGAUCUCGAUCUGUAAGCGGAGCAUCAACAGGCCUCUCAUCUAGUCCUCUAAGCAGUCCCAGGAGCCCUGUCUUUACCUUCAGCGAGCCGGAGGUGGUUGCCGCCACCAAAGCUGGAAGCGGCAGCACCGUCGCUCGUCCCAACCGAUCGCAUGAACCCAAAACGCAGACGCUUCCAUCUAAAACCACCCCCGAACGCCCCCAACUCCAGUCCAUGAAGUCCCUCCCCUUACCCUCCUCCUCCUCGCGCUCCCCCUCCCCUUCCCCCCUCCUGUCGCCCAUUCCCCGUUUCCUCUUCUUUCCUUCUCCAUCUGCGGUGCUGAAGUCGGUGACUAAAAGCUUGUAUCCCAUGUCUCAGGUCACCCCUCAGGGCUCUCCCCUGCCCACCCCGCUGGGUACCCCGUGCAUCACCCGCACCCCCACCGCUACCCCACCCUCCUCCUCCUCUUCCUCUUCUUCCUCCCGAGCCGAGGGAGGAAGUGUGGGCGUGGGCUCACUCUCCUUGACCCCACCCUCUAGUCCAGGGGGAGGCGGCGGCAUGGCGGCCAGUAGCUCCGCCCACUGGAGGACACGCCUCAACUCACUGAAGAACAACCUGUUGGGGUCUCCGCGGUUCCACCGCCGCAAGCUGCAGGUGCCGACCUCAGAGGACAUGUCCAGUUUAACACCAGAAUCAAGCCCAGAGCUGGCUAAAAGGUCCUGGUUUGGGAAUUUCAUCAGUCUGGAGAAAGAAGAGCAGAUUUUUGUGGUCAUCAGAGACAAACCUCUUAGUUCCAUUAAAGCGGAUAUCGUCCAUGCCUUCCUCUCUAUUCCGUCUCUCAGUCACAGCGUAAUCUCUCAGACGAGUUUCCGAGCCGAGUAUAAGACUUCUGGAGGUCCAUCUGUCUUCCAGAAACCCGUCAAAUUCCAGGUAGACAUCUCGUUCUCCGAGGGGGAACGAGAACGGGAGCGGGAGAGAGACAGGGACGGACAGAAGGAUUACGGGAUCUACAGCGUAACGUUUAGCCUCAUAUCAGGUCCAAGUCGCCGGUUUAGACGAGUCGUUGAAACAAUCCAAGCCCAGUUGCUCAGCGCUCACGAUCAGCCCAUGGCGCAAACUCUUUCAGCCUUUUUCCUCUCUACGCUAGAUGAGAAGAACGGUCGCCCUCCCAGAACGCCAACCAGACAGAACUCCCGGCGCUCAGAGGGCGGAGCCGACCGCUGCGAGUGGGUGGAGCGUGGAGAGGGCGGGGUUUUACUGCAGCGCAGGGGGUCGGGAAGAGAACGAACCCGCCUGCUUUCCUCCAGUGGGACGCAAUCACAGCCCUGAGCCAGAAAUGUUGCGAAGAAUCAGUCCAGAUACGAGCCAUGAUACUCAAAUGUUUCCUUCCUUCUCCCCUUCUCACCUCGGAACAGCAUGAUGGUAAAAUGUGUUUUUAAAGGAGCUUUUUGAGAGUCUAACGAAACCAAAUACUGAUACGCAUUGGGAUGCUACCAAGCGAGAACCGUCUCUUCGACUUCUUGGAGCGCCUCCAAACGUUCUUCUGAAGCGUAUUUAAUUUAUCAUCCUGGACAAUGCUUUGAUUUAUGCUGUAUUUUCUCUCAUGUGAUUUGGAUGUAAUGUGAAAAACUUGAGUUUAUAAUGACAUUCGUGAUAGGAAAGGUUUCGGUUGGGGGUAGCGCACCAUCUGUUCCUCACAGGCCUGGUAUCCGUUUCAUCAAUCGAGUAAUUAUAGCAACGGAGACGUUAGUCCAAUUUAGUCCGAAUUUUUUAUCCUCCGAGAAAACAAGUAGAGAUCCAGAUCCAAAAGCUAUCAGCACCACGAGUCUGCUCAGUCAUAUGCAAUAAAAAUCAAUAAGCUACAAAAGAUUCAGUUUAACAAAGCUGCACAUGCUGAAUCUUUUAAAACAUGAUUACCUCCUCGAGCGGACAGACUCAUGGCCAUCUUAUAACCGUAGUUAACCACCGUUGCUCACCAGCCCUGUGUCAGCUUCAUUUCCACUCGCCAUAGAAAUGCCGCAUGCUAAAUAACGUCAAGCUUCGGCCCCUAAUGCCCGAUCGUGAUUGUAAGACAUUUCAGAUCUAAAUCUGGCCUCGAUCCGCCCUUUCGGCAGCUCAAAAGUACGGAGGAUUCCCGUUACUGUUGUCUCCGGCGGGAGUUCAGAUGUAGAGUUUCCCAUCUUAGAUGCCAAAGGGAACGGGAAUCAAUCCGAAAUAUUAAAGGACGCUCAUCCCGAUUCUCUGUUGCUGCAAGACGUUUGGUUGAAGGCAACCAAGUGAAUGUCGUUGACUAUUUUAAUAGCGAAUUUUGGUUUAUUGGAAAUCACUUAUUUGUAUAUUACUCCUGCGAAUUCAAAAAUGGCCAUUAGGUGUACAUAUGUAUGUUUAAGAAAGAAUUGAAUGUCUGAGGUAUUAAAAAUACGUAUUUCGGGGGAAUGGCAACUUAAUCUGUGGUUCACUUUUCUUUUGGACAAGCACGCAUGCGUGCUUUGUCGGUUUUAAAAGAUAAAAAAAAUGGACUUUUUAUGUCGUUUGGCGGAAAGGCAGAAAUAAUUACAAGAUUUCGUGAAGCCUCCCCCUCACCUUGUCAGUCAAACGGAUUGCUUUUUUAUUUCAGUUCUCCCUACAAGCGCUCUUAAAAAUAAAGGUUCUUGUUAUGGUUUCACGAAGAACUUUUAACAUCCAUGGAAUCAUUCCAUUUCGCAAAUGGUUCUUUAGAUUAUUAAAAUGUCACACAAAGAAAAAAAAAAUGGUUCUUUUACUCAACGGACAAAUCUGGUUCUUCUACGGCAUUGCAGCAAAAAAAAAAAAAAAACUACUAUUUUUUUAAAGAAUAAAGCUGGAACGGAAGAAAGCGUUUCAAAUUCCCCCCCAAAAAUCACACGCUUCACCUUUAAGAAGAAAAGAGAGAAAGGGAGAAAAGAGCUCUCUCUUGCUUGCGCGGUGUUACCGUAAUGAGAGCGAAAGAAAGACUUCCUCUGGACAUUAUCUGAUGAGGAAAAUGUGCUGUACCUUGCGACCUAAAGAGGAAAUUGAAAAUUUGAAUGGUAUUGUAAGCAAAAUAAGCCAUUGUCUAGGCCACGGACCUUGCUCGCACCAUCACGAAAUAUGUACAUUCACAUCAAUUUGUCUCCAAUUAUGAUUAUGAUACAGUAUAAAAUAUGAAAUUGAUCUCUUUGUACAGCACUGCUUUGUCACUGGGCUUCCGUGCAGCGGUUAUGCAACUGAUCCAGCGUAAUAUAUCCGAAAGAGGGACGCUCUCUCUGUAUAAACGGCUUCUCUGCUCAACGGUUGUCACGAAUCCUGUAAAUGUGAUCCAGUUUUUGUAUGUCUCUGUGAGUUUUAAGUUGCCUGCGUGUCAGCUCUUAUCAAUUUUUUAUUUAUUUAUUUAUUGUAUGGAAAUCGGUUGGCACCGAAAGGCCACUUAUAUCAUAUUUAUAUAGUCUAAGCAAGGUUUGCCGUUUUGGGCAAGCAAACCGUAAUCAUUAAAAAACCGGCCAGUCCAAAUCUGAGGAAAGCACUGUCCAUUUAUGCUGCAAAAAAAAAGAAUAGCGUAUGUGUUAUAUUUUUGCAUCAUAGGUAAUGGCACAACUAAUUGGACAUAUCAUAACUUGCAUUGGCUAUCGGUUGGUUAACAUCGGUAUAUGUAUUUUUAGGAAUAACAACCACUUAGGAACAGCAUCGUCAAAGCAAUAUUGAUUUUGUUUUCAUGUUAAAACUGUCCAGGUUUCAGUCGCUUUUCUAUCUGUGGUUAUGUAUGCGUGCGAUAUAUGUUGACAUCUCAUUGGCCGAGAGUGAGCGGAUCAUGAUCGUGCAUUGGGACAUUCGUGCACAGAGAGUCAUGUGGACGAGUGCUCUGCAUGUCGGACCACAUUGCCCCUUGUAUAUCUGCUUUGAAAGUAAACAUCUGUGUGUGUGGACGUGCAGUUGGAAUGCAUUAUGCUGUUGUGCACGUGUGUGUGUGUGUGUGUGAGAGAGAGAGAGAGAAAGAGAGAGAGAGAGAGAGAGAGGGAGGGAAGUGAAAUGGAUUCAGGAUGGUCUGCUACGUAAUCAGUUUAAUAGGCGUCAAUAAAAAUAAUCAACAAGGUUUACAAA